CUCGUCGUGCUUGCCUCCUACAUCGCUGGGAUAAUGGUCGAGUCGCAAUCCGAUUGGACUGAUUUCCAACAACAAAGGCAGCGUGUCAGUGGCCUCACCGUGGAUCGACUCAAACAACUGAUUCACCGGCUUAACGACGAGUGCAAUUUGACUUUGCUCAGGACUGGGAAAAAGCAAGAACUAGUUACAAGAGUACAGGACGCGAUGGAUGGCUGGUACCAGCGGCAGGAUUCCAGAGCCUACCGCCACGCGCGGGACGUCCUUACCGAUUUGUCGAGCUCCGGAAACUCUGUUUCGCGUCGUGGGUCUUUACAAUAUUUACCGCCCGCUGUCCCCGCUACUCCACAGGUGGCCUACAGCCACUAUUCAGGACCAAAUGGCUAUGGGCAUGCGCCGACGACUUCAUACCCCUAUAAUGGCCGAUCAUUACAACAGAGUUCCUCGUCGCCAUACAGCGUCCAGACACCGUCAAUGCAACCCAGGAGUGAUAUACGGUUCUCAGCCUCCCCUUUCUACAAAGUCAUUGAACCGGUGUCCGAAUUGGCAACUUCUCAAGAGGCUAAAGAUCUGACGGAGAGGAAGAAUCUUUCGAUCACCUUUAACUUGACUUCACAGCAACGUGAGAAACUAUCUGCGCCCAAUUGUUCUUAUCAACUAAGACUUUACUGCACAUCUUCCACCCACUAUUCAACGUCAGCAUUCGGAAGAGCAAAUCCUUGUCCCAUCGAGUUUCCUUCGACUUGUGAGGUUCGAGUGAACAGCACCCUCUUGACCGCAAACUUGCGUGGACUUAAGAAGAAACCUGGAACGGCGCCUCCCGCGGAUUUGGGAAAGACGGUUCGACUUGCACACAGUGGUUCAAAUAAACUGGAUAUGAUUUUCAUGAACAAUCAAACACCAUUCGUUCCCAAGAGGUUUUAUGCUGUAGUGAAUUUUGUCGAGGUCACUACUGUUCAUCAAAUUGUGGAUCGCAUCCGGAAGGGCAAGUACCGCUCCGCAGAAGAGAUAUUGGCGCGAAUAAAGCAGACAAACCAUGAAGACGAGGAUAUCGUUGCUGGACCCUCCAGCCUUUCCUUAAAGUGUCCUAUGAGUUACAUUCGAAUACAGAUCCCCUGUCGGUCGAAGCUCUGUGUUCAUGCGCAAUGUUUCGAUGCAGAAAGCUGGUUCUCGGUCAUGGAACAGACGACGACUUGGUUAUGUCCCGUGUGUGAAAAAAUGUUGCUAGUAGAUGACCUCAUUGUUGAUGGGUAUUUCGAUUCAAUAUUGCGAGCCACGCCGGAUUCUGUGGACGAUGUGAUCAUGGAAGCUGACGGUGAAUGGCACACCUCGGAUAACAAGUAUGGUUCCGAGGGAUGGAAGGCCCUACGGCGCGUCAGUCUGAACCCAUCCACUCCAGCGAGGAUUGAGAUGCAGCAUGACACCAUGCCAGGGUCAGGACAGCACCUGCCCAGCCCCGCCGAGAUAUUCGUUAUCGAAUCCGACGAUGACGAUGAUGACAGUCAAAUCAGGCAUGAAAUCUCGCCUCCCGGAAGACAGCGUUCCAUCAGUUAUCCGGCCAGCGGCUCUCCCACUCGAAUUCGAAGUUCAAAUCAGACCGUGAUCGAUCUUACCUUAUCCGAUGACGAGAUCAGCCCCCCUCCCGCUGUGAGAACCAAACGACCCGCCGUCAGAGAUGUUUCUCCCUCCCCCCCACUCGUUCACCCCGUGAAACGGGCCCGGCUGGAUAGCGAUGCAAGAAGGCCAGACAAUGCGGAUUGGCUUUCUCCCUCUAACUUCAACAAUCACCCAUCUGCUGGCUCCGCCUGGUGAACAUAUUAUUGCUCGAUACUCGACAUUUACUGGUGCAACCGGGGGUCUCAAAUGAUGUUUGUUAGACAUGUCCGUCAUGUGCUGUACCAAUUGUGAGAAUCACCAUCCUACCUCAGCUAUCAAUGCAACAUGGUCGCUUGCACAUAUACCCUUUCUCGGAAGUCCUGGCUCCAGAGUCUGAGUUUUGUGAGGUUCGAGGACAGAGAGUACCUCAGGUCUAGGCUCGUUGACGUUAUGGGGGCCGUCCCAGAUGAACAAAUAAUCAAGAGUCAACCUCCACAGAGGAGUGAAGCUCGUCCACAUGGGCUCAGAACCACCUUUGCCGGAUAGAACGUUUCUCUGCCCGAAUGUUUCCGAAGCGAUCCUGGCUUCAUCGUACAUACUUCUAAGUGACCCGGGUAAACAGGAAUACAUAGACUCCAAAGCGCCGACCGCAGGUACCUCGUCUGCAGGAAUCGGCCGGCGGUGAUUUGUGAUGGGGGGCAUGGCAUGGCCGCUGUCCUCAUCUAGCGCGUGUGUCUCAUUCUCAUCCUCCGGUGUCCAUUCCUGCGUCUCUGUCCCAAUGCUGUGAUCGACCGAAACAUGAAUAACUCGAGAACUUUCCAAUUCCGCUUUUUGGGUGUCAAGCAAGUGCUGGCCUACCAACAGCGAAUAAGUGGGUUCAGAGGGCUGCGAGUUGAAGUCACCGCCAAAGAAGAUAGGCCAGCGCUGAAAAUCUUGAGAUGAACGGAACCGAAUAGUUUCACGCAACAAAAUAAAUGCUUGACGUGAGCGUUCGAAACAAAACUUUGGGUGCCAGAAAAGAUGGGUUGUGGCGACAAUGCAACCGUCAGAUUGUGAAGUGCUGGAGUUGUCGUUUCUGUGUCGAAGAGCGGCUAUAAGACCGAUGUUUCUGGUGCGACGCGUUGCACCAAAUUUCUGAGUUCCGUCUGAACUUCCUGAUAUGAGAGGUUCCUCAUCAUAAUAUACUGUUUUGGAAGAAAUGGCUUCAAAACGAGAACGGUUGUAAAGCAGCAUACAUCCAUGGAGCUUGUCCCGCCCUGCGGCGUAGAUGUUGUCGUAAUACGGGCAUAGACUUGGAAGGAGCGUAUCCAAUCGAUCCACUUCCUGGAGGCAUACAAUGUCGGCACUGUAGUUCAAAAUCUCAGCGGACAGCAUCUGCUCUCUGUCUUUGCUUUUCAAGCAAUCACUUCCGGGAAACAGAUCCCGACGGAUUAGGCAUUGGGCAAGCAUAUUCCAAGUCAUGAUUGUAAUUCGCGCCCUAAUAGGAGUAUACGAAACAUUGGCUGGGAGCCAUUUCCUCGGCAGAAUUAAAUAGGAAAAGUCCGGUGGGCUGAGUGUUGCGGAUGUCUUUUGAGCCAGCCUCUUAGCUCUUCGUUCAUUUGCG